UUCCCUGCAAAAACAAGUUUAGUAAACAUCGACUCAUCGAGUUCUUCGGUCCCUCCAAACGAAGAAGAGAUUUGGAGAGAAAGAAACAGUGAGAGAAGAUGAAUCUGCUAGGGCUUGCGUCGCCCAUGGAUUUGGUAGCGUGGAGGGGACUCGUCUUCACAGCGUUCAUCCUCAACUUUGUCUUCGCCUGCCAGUUCCUCCUCCUCCAGCCACUCGUCUCUGCCCUAGAUGGGAAACCUGGUGAUGCUGCUGAGUUGUUUGAGAGAGUUACACAAAGUGUAAAGGUGAAACGAUAUAGUGAGGCUCUUGAUGAUCUAAAUGCUGCUAUAGAAGCAGAUCCAACACUUUCAGAAGCAUAUUGGCAUCGUGCAUCUAUACUUCGUCAGCAGUGCAGAUAUGAGGAGUCAGAGAAGAACUAUAGAAAGUUUCUUGAGAUGAAACCAGGAAAUUCUGUUGCAGAGAAGGAACUUUCUCAAUUAUUACAGGCUCAAACUGCACUUGAGACAGCCAUGACUCUCUUUGAUUCAGGCGACUUUAUAAAGCCAAUGGAUUACAUUGAUAAAGUCGUCCUUGUAUUUUCUCCUGCCUGUUCACAGGCUAAACUUCUUAAGGUGAAGCUUUUGUUAGCUGCUAAAGAUUAUUCAAGUGUCAUCUCUGAGACAGGAUAUAUUCUUAAAGAAGAUGAGAACAAUUUGGAGGCCUUAUUACUACGUGGUCGUGCAUACUAUUAUUUAGCUGAUCAUGAUGUUGCUUCAAGGCAUUUCCAGAAAGGUCUACGUUCAGACCCAGAGCAUACUGAGCUGAAGAAGGCAUACUUUGGAUUGAAAAAUUUGCUGAAGAAGACUAAAAGUGCAGAAGACAAUGCAAAUAAGGGCAAACUGCGUCUUGCAGUGGAGGACUAUAGAGCAGCCCUUGCACUGGAUCCAAAUCAUCUUGCACAUAAUGUACAGCUGCAUCUUGGUUUGUGUAACAUCUUGGUUAAGCUUGGUAGGGGAAAGGAUGCUGUAGAUAGUUGCACAGAAGCACUUAACAUCAAUGGGGAACUUGUUGAUGCUCUACAUCAGAGGGGUGAAGCAAAACUUCUGAUAGAAGAUUGGGAGGGAGCUGUUGCAGAUCUAAAAGCUGCAGCUGAAAAUUCACCUCAGGAUAUGAAUAUUCGAGAAACAUUGAUGAGGGCUGAGAAAUCUUUGAAAUUGAGCCAACGCAAGGAUUGGUAUAAGAUUUUAGGAAUUUCAAAGACUGCAUCAGUAUCAGAUAUUAAAAAGGCUUACAAGAGACUGGCUUUGCAGUGGCACCCUGAUAAGAAUGUUGACAACAGAGAAGAGGCAGAGGCCAAAUUCCGAGAAAUAGCCGCUGCAUAUGAGGUUCUUGGAGAUGAAGAAAAACGAACCAGAUACGACAGAGGGGAAGACAUUGAAGACAUGGGUAUGGGUGGUGGUGCUGGAUUUAACCCCUUCGGUGGUGGGGGGCAGCAGUUCACAUUUCACUUUGAAGGAGGGUUUCCUGGUGGUGGAUUUGGUGGAUUUCAUUUCUGAGCUUCGUCCUGUAGCUGAGUUCAGCAUUCGUAAUAUUCAGAAAGGUGGUCAAGAGGGCUGCUGUUUUCUAUAAUUGCAGGACACGCUUAUUUGACUCUAUAUGUCGGGUUCGUGGUGGUGAAACUGUUGCAGGCCAGAUUAUUGCUACAAGAAAGUCAUGACUAUUUGAAGAGGUUUUGCUGUGGAAUGAGAGAAUUCAUUGUAUACAACUCAUUUGAAAAUGGGAUUUAUCACCAUUCAACUUUUGUAAUAGGUUUUUCUGGACCCCAGUAGGCGUUGGGAUCGAAUUGAGUUAUACCAAAUUUUAUUUUGUGUCAAAUGAAAAGCUAUUUAGAAGAUUUCACAAUUAGCUAUUUCUUCUAUUGCC